AUGGACCGCAGUGACCGGAAGACGGCAGACGGGCCCGGGGAUGACGCUGGUGGUGACGGGCAGCUCCCCCCGGACAGGCUGGUUGACAACGCUGGCGCCGUGGAAUACUGGACGACGGUUGAACCCAACAUAAACGGCAUGCUGGGAGGUUUUCCUGAGAUCUCAAGGGCGGAUCUACUCUCCUCACGGUCCUUUCUGGCCAAAGUACGCCGUCUGCUGCCAUCGAUUGGGGGAGGGACUGCUCUGGCUGCUACGGCGCAUCUGCCUCUGCUGCAGCUCGGUGUUGACUGCGGGGCGGGCAUUGGCAGAGUUACCGAAGGGCUACUCAGCAAGGUGUGCGAGGCGGUGGACAUUGUCGAGCCGGUAGAGGCCUUUGCCAAAGUGCUGAUUGAAGGGAAGCUCAAGGCGGAAGGGAAAGUUGGUGAUGUCUACAUCACCGGCCUGGAGAACUGGGUACCCGAGAAGAGAUAUGACCUGAUAUGGAUCCAGUGGUGUCUGCUCUAUCUCACCGACGACCAAGUUGUGCAGCUUUUGACCCGGUGCAAAGAUGCACUCUCGCCGUCUGGCGUGGUUAUUGUCAAGGAGAACCUCAAUACCAAGCCACACGAUACCUUUGAUCCGCAGGAUAAAAGCGUCACUCGGACAGAAGAAAAGUACAAACAUCUUUUCCAGGGAUCAGGCUAUUCAAUUAUAAGGGAAGAAGACCAGCUGGGCUUUCCUCGGCAUUUGAAUCUGCUUCCCGUGAAGCUAUUUGCACUGUACUGCGAGCCCAACACACCCUCCACUUAA